CACUUCGGUGGCCCUUUGGGGCCCCGAAGAUACAUGCCUAGGAAUUUAACGCAUAAAUAUGUUUAACAAAUAUAGAUCAUUAUUAGAUUCCAAAGCUGUGACACAUUAAUAUAAUGUGUAUGCAUAUGCAGCAUGUUCGUAUAUACUCUGCCUUUACCGGUCGCAGUAUGUACGCGCGAUGCGUUCAUGGCUGUAGGCUAUCGAGCGUAAACGGUUAUAAUGGCAUGUGUUGGUUCUCUCAUGAUCACAUCUGAGUCUCUAUAAUAUGAUAAGAUGCCAGGUGGUAUCUUAUUCCUAGCCCAUUGCGUCUGGAAAUGAGAACACUUGCCUGUACUCAGACUUGAGGACCAUGAAGCGGCGCCAUGGCAAAACAAAAGGCAGGGAAGACAUACCAUUGGUGGUCCUGGGAAUGUCACACAAAAUCACCGAUGUGCUUCAGUAACUCAUAUGACACAUCUUUUCAUCAUCGGAACGCAGCUCUAUCAAAAUGUUGGCAGCGCUGACGUAAAACCUGAUGACGACAUUUUUCAGCAUAGAGGAUAAAAUGGAGGUAGAAAAUCAGGAAAAUAUUGCAGAACUUCCAUAUCGUGCAUCCAUCAAUCCAGAUGCAUAUGAAAAAUGUGGACAAGCGUACUUCCAUUAUUUUGAAGAACUCGAAAGAUUGGGGCCCUUGGAUACGUCAAAAAUGUCAUCUGUGGCAAGGAAUUAUGCCGGUAAGAAGGUUAAAGUUGGAGCCAAACCGCUUAGUGGUGUAAGAGGUAUAUACUAUACAAGAGGGACAUGGCGGGUACAAUACCGAGGAACUGAUGGAGAAAUUGUGAGUUGUGUAUUUAACUACGACAGUAAAGACGUUCUCAUUGCUACAUUUGAUCUCGCUUUCCGGCUACUCCGUAAGGUAAUAAAUCUAGGACGACAAGUCAAAAGUGAAGACGGUAUGAUUAUCACAGAAUUAACAGAAGAGAGACUCUUGGAUCUCGAUCGUAGAUCUAAAAUGCGCAAGAAUAAACAAGAUUCAACGGUUACCAAAGAUCUAUUAACUGUGUCAAGCAAACGUAUAAGUCGACCGAGACAUGAUCGGCUCUUAGCUAAAGGGGAAGAUGAUAUAGACUCUGAAUCAGAUCAAAUUUACACACAAGUUAGGAAGAAAACGCGACCUAGAACUGGUGAUAUUGCAUAUAACGCUAAUGUGAUGACAUAUCAAGCACCGAUGCCAUAUGUGACCGCAAGUGGUAACACCAUGCUACCUAACACGGGAUGCUAUCCAGGCAAAAUGGAUUCAUUCGAAAGGAUGUUUCAUUCAUACGGGAAUUUCACGACACACCAACUUAUCAGCUAUCUUAUCGACAAGAAGUGUAUGAGAAAUAAGGAUAGAGCACCCUCUGUACAACGUGGAGGAUGCCAAAUGGGAGGUGAAAUUCAAAGUACGUCAGGAGGAGAGUAUGGUAACGAGAUAUAUCACCCGUAUGACCAUGAAUUGCAUUCAAACGAACACUCCUUUAACAAAGAUAUUAAUGGCAUCACAAACUCUGGUAGACUCUAUAGGGAUGACACAAAUGAUAUCUUCUAUAUGGCUGAACCCAAAUUUAUACAUAACAAACAUCCAGAUGUUUGCAACGCCUCAACAGGUCUGCCUUGCGAGUGUGAUAAUAUGACAGAUUACGAUCCCGAACAGGCUGUACAUUCCUCGAGUUUAGAAGGUGAAGAAGGCUCAAUGGAUAAAAUGGACGAUACAUUUGACGAGGCAGGGUCAAAGCCCUCUGAAUCAAAAAUUCAGUUAGUUAAACGAAAUAAUAAUGAAGAUGGAUCAACAUAUUGUGGCUACCGUCAAGGCUACAUACACAUGUAACCAAGUGAUUAAAUGAAGUGGGUUGUGUCAUUUCAAUUCAAUUAAAGAUGGACUGAUAUUUAAUAAUACAAGUACUAUGUGUCUAUGGGUUUUAGUCAA